UAUGUGUCAGCUGUGAUGCUAAAUCAAAACUGAUCUGCCUCCUCCCUGCUGCAGGAUACACACAGCAGCAGCCACAAUGGCAGCCGGGUGUUGGUACACAUGUUAGUAAGCUGAAUAACAUUUACGUCGGGGUCGAGAGAGGACGCACAAGCAAAAUGUCUCGUCACAGAAAUGUUCGAGGUUACAACUACGAUGAAGACUUCGAAGAUGAUGACAUGUAUGGACAGUCUGUUGAUGACGACUACUGUAUAUCACCAGCAACAGCAAAUCAGUUUAUCUACUCACGUCAAGAGAGGCAAGCACCAAGGGAGGAGCCUUUAGAGGAGGAAGAGUAUGAAGAUGAGGACGUUCCUAUGUCCCCUACGAUCAACCAAAACCUUGACCCGCUUGAUCAAGCCAAGUUGUAUUCCUGCCUGGAUCACAUGCGGACUGUCAUGGGAGACGCAGUACCAGACUCUGUCCUGACCCAGGCGGCUAUAAAACAUGGGUUUGACCCACAGAGGGCAUUGGAUGCGGUAUUGUCUGAAGACGCUAAAACAGCCCCAGUUACCAGUGCAAUUGAAGAAAUUGCUUCGGUAGCUCGAGUUAGUCAGGAGAAGGCACCGCUUCCACAAAGAACCAAACAGGAGACUGAGAAAGGAGCCUGCUUGUCAGCAUCUCACACAGGCAUUUCAUUUAAAGCACAUACAAAUGCACAGCCAUGUGUUGCAGUAUCAAGCGCACAUAAGCCUGAGCGAAUCAUGAGCGGCUGUUCAAAGCAGAAUUCUCACCAUGAAAGUUCUUGUUCAGGCAUUAACAGUGGUACCAGUCUGGCUCAGCUUAUGUCUGAGCACCAACAGAAGAGUAAAACAGAAGUAGAUUAUAAAGGAUGUUUGGAUGUUUCCUCAUUAAGUGCUUUAACCAUGGGAUCUAGUUCACCAUUGCCGACUAUAUCUUAUCAGAAUAGUCUGUCGCUUGGAACGCUCGCAGCUUUAAGUAUGUCUUCAGUGACGCACAUGUCUGCUUCCUCCGUCCUUUCUGCUCCACUCAGUAAUUUGUCACUAAACAGCACAAAGGCAAUGACAAGCUCUGCUGUGGCUGCUCCUCCUGGAUUUGGGAAUCUCAGCUCUGUCCUUAACAACAGUCAGCACUCAUUGAUUGAUCCCAAAGCAGGUCCAUCAUUGGCUGAUUUAAUCCAGGAGCACUCAAAUCGCAGCCCAAUUUUAAGUAACACCCUUCUGACUCCUGGUAGUAGUUUAGCAUCUGUGAAGUGUCAGGGAACUGCUCCGUCUGCUCAAACACUCUCACUGUCUGAGCUUUCUUCACAGCACCAAAACAGGGGAAUUCAUUCUCAGUCUCAAAGUACUGAAAGACCAGCAAACAUGCUGUCAACUUCUAACAUUACCAACAUCACCCCCCUUUUCCUGGGUGGGGCUGUUUCAUUGGCACAGCUUUCCCUGCAGCAUCAAACCAACAGUUCCUCAGCCUCCCAUCAGCCUGUCAGCACUGAAUCUCAAGCAAAUGCACUUAAACAACCACCUGGCUUCUCUGAGCUGCUCCCUUUGUCACACUUGGCAUCUGAACAUAGAGGCAAAACCUCAACCACCUCAAAUGGGUCACAGUGCACCCUCACUUCACACCUUCCACCAGCAAAACCAGAGAGACCUGAUGUUUUGGCAGAAAAUACUACAGAAAGAAGGACCAAGUGUGAGCCCCACCACAAACCACACAACCAAAUCUCAAGGUCAUCGAUUGAUUUGAGUGCACUCAUGGCACAGGCGCAUAGUGCAAACCCUCAUCAGCUCGAAUGUGACCUCCCUUCACCAUCAUCCCCUACUCCUCUAACCGUGGGGCUGGAUUCUUCUGUUUUUGCUAAACCUUCAGUAUUUGCAGUCACUUUGUCAUUUCAGAGUUGCACACGUCAAACAAAGAGGAAAAAUCUAUUUAGGGGAAAGAUGAAAAACCAGAGGACAGGAAGUGGUUACCAGUCCUUCCUUUGCAAGCCGCUGGACAAAUCUAAAGAGCAGCUUACAUCACUUUUUCAAAUCAUGCCUUUCCGCUUUGACACGCCUUCACCUGAUGACAUUGUUCGUUCUAAUCAGAGGAAAGCUUUCACAAGGUAGACUUGAGGAAAACUAUAAUGCGAAACUAAAUCAGAAACCAGACCUACUUCAGCUCCAAACUCAAAAAGAAAUGUAGCACGGAGUUGGCAUGACUUUUGAGCCUUUUUAACUGUGUCUGCCAUCAAUGCAAAUGGCGUAAUCAUACAUUUGGGACCACCUGUACAACAAACUGAUAUUCUUGCUUGGAGAACUGCCCAAAACUGUAUUAUUGUUUAUUUCUUUUAUAGAGGCAAACAAGCAUGGUUGUGUUAUUAAUGAAAGAAAAGUUAUUUUAAAACACUGGCAGCUUUAAUAAUCACAGCUUAGUAAACUUUGUGUAGAUACUUCUAUUUUAAAAACCAAGAUUUUUUCCACCUAGUUCCUGUUGUUAGCUUUUAAAAAAUGAAAUCUUAUUUUUGUAUGCUUUGAUGCCAGAUGGCUUUUUAAGUUUUUUAUGACUACAUAGUAGACACAAAAGUAUUACAACCUUUUUUUUUUGUCUUAGCUGCUUGAGCUCUUAAAAGAAGAAAAAAAAGAGGUUGACUAUGUUUGCAGGUGUGCUGCAGCUAUUGGAAUAUGGAUCAGUUAACCAUUGUGCUGGUUUACUGCUACUUUUGAGAACAUGAGGUUGACUUUUUGGUUUGGAGGACACCUGGAGAUUUUCCCAUGAGAGAACAAGAAUGCACACACACACACACACACACACACACACACACACACACACACACACACACACACACACACACACACACACACACACACACACACACACACACACGUGCACACAAAUACAUACUCAUGCAGAUGUAUUAGCUUUAAAGUGUUUAUUAUAAAACUAAAGAUUAAAUGCAAGACUGUAAACAAAGAGUUCAAUAAAUCAGUCAAAACAUGCCUUCAAAUCCCAAGUAAAAGCUGUUGUCAUUGUGAUUCAUACAUGGUUUGAUUUAGACUGGGUGUGUCCUAACACAUUGCAAGAGAUGAAUUCGUCAGAAAUAAAGUUGAUUGAAUUGAUGUAUUUUGAAUGUGCCCCUGUCUAGGUGUGUUUUUCAGUUUGACUGCUUGUUCUUAGUCUUCUUUUAAGUAACAAAACAGUGAGACGUUCUUUAAAAAAAACAAAAAAAAAGUAAUUCCAAGUCUGAGUUAAGUGUGCUUUUGUUCAGUGAUUAACCAAUGCUUGGUGAUAAACUAGUGAAAUAAUAUUUAAGGGUUGAAAGGGGGGGAUGUUUAAAAAUAAUGAAGCAAAUUACACAUUUUAUAUGUGUUGUAGUGCAUUCAUUUGACAGGAUGAUGCCUGUGUUCUUUAGAUAUCUCAUUUAUACCACAGGUGACUGGUGUUGGUUGUGAAUGGGCAACAUGGGUUUUAUAGAUAGCACCAUGCAUUAACACUUAUAGCUUUUUGAGGCUUAUUAUAGAUGCAGUUUUUUAACCUCAAAACCAGUAACUUUCUUUGUGGUGUUGUCAGGACACUGGUGUGUUUUAGUGUAAUAACAGAGCAGAAGAAAAAGGCUGCUCCACAUCUUUUCUGUUGUCUUAAGUACAAGAAUGCACUUUUUGGUGAAAAGGUGCUGGCCUGUGAAAACCUUUAUACAGGUGCAGAAACUGGACCCUCAGGGUGUCAAACAUAUAUUAAUUGACUGGGGAUAAAAAUAAUUAUCUCAAAGGGUAGAUGGGUGCAAUAAUGACACAUCAAAAAGGUUUUUGUUAAAACAGUGUAUUCCCAAAAGAACCAUGUUUGGAAAAAAUAAGGUUUAUUAGGGAUGUUGAAGGAGUGAAGAUAUACUCCAGAGUUUUUAGAUUAUGCCACCUGAAAAUUAAGAAACAAGGGGGUGUGUCCAGCAGCAGCUCGGUCCUUUUUCUCUGAAGGCGAGUCAAUGUGUGGGUUUGAACAGGAAACUGCACUCUUGGAGAAAAUGUCACCCCAAGCACACGUCGGCUCGGCACUGCAGCCGAUCAUCUUACUUUGUGUGUCUCUCUGACACCACCUACGUAGGAAAAUCUGAUCAUGUCUCUCAACUUUCACAGCUUUGACAAAGGCUGUGACAGAUCAGAUCAUCUUGUGUCUUUAGAGGCUCUGCAUUUUUGCAAGGCACACAUGUUGCACAAACAUUUGUUGUGAAGUGGUGCCAACUCUGGAAAAUACAGCAGACCACAGCAAGUGGUCAAAAGAAAGCAGGUGCAUGGAGACUUGCAUGCCAUCAAAGCUGUUGCUUUGUUGUUGUGUACUGUUAAAGACAAAAAGUAAAAUUUG